AUGUCAGCCUUUACGUCGUGUCAAAUACUCUGGUCUACUCAGUCUGGACGUGCCAAAGCAUGUGCCAGACGGACUGCUCGAAUAUUGAAGGAAGAAACCACCUUGAACGUAAACGAUGUCGGAUCUUCGUUUGACGACGCCUCUCAACCCUUUCUCGACUUGGUUGCGAAUCUUCCAAGCGACACCUUUUUGUUACUCUUUGUCAGUACGACGGGAGAUGGCGAACAUUGCGAUUCCAUUCGGGAUACCUGGAAAGCUCUCCUUCAAAAGUCCUUGCCCAAGAAUUUGUUACAAGGCAAGCAAUUUGCUUUGUACUGCUUAGGAGAUCGUGCGUAUGGACCUCAAUUCUGUGCAGGUGGUCGGAAACUGGCUGUUCGAUUACUACAAUUAGGUAUGGAACGAUACUGUGAUGUGGGUUACGGAGAUGACAAUACUCCAAAUGGUGGCGUCUUUCGAGAUUUGGACGACUGGACCACCCAGCAUUUGUUGACCAAGUUGACCAGUAAAAGCGAGGACUCGGAAGCUGUCACAGAGGCGGCAGAAAGUCCAUUUGAAAUUACCGUUGGAGAUGAACCAGUAGCGCCAAUAGUAAAGGAUGCAUGGCGAGAUGAAAUCUACAAGACCUCCUUUCAGGAGUAUUUCACACAAUCUUGUCCCGUCACGGCCUAUCACUACGAUUCCCACACAUCUCGACUCUCCGAAGCUCCCGUAAAAAUCAAAACAGAACCUCUACUUGGGAAGGUCGUAAACAAUAAACGCAUUACGGCUGCCGAUUGGGAACAAGAUACUCGGCAUAUCGAAAUUCGGCCGGAGUCAACUCAGGCAACUGGCAGGUCGAAUGGCAAUACAAGCACUGAGACCUUGCCAUACUGUGCAGGAGAUAUUGCCACCAUAUUGCCCUUCAACUCAGAUGACGAAGUGAAACGAUUCCUGUCAGUACUCCCCGAGUCGAUCCAAAAAGUAGCGGACAAUCCUUUGUCCAUUAAAAUUGUCGAAUCCAAGUGGAACAAUAGCUUUGCUCGAUGGCCAUCCAACUGCACACUCCGAUACUUGCUCACCUAUUGCGCCGACAUUCAUUCUUUGCCCGAGCGGGAAGACUUGAGAGCACUUUCGGGAUUAUGUUCAUUGGAAGCAGAAGAGGGAGCUGACCAGCGAUCAAAACUGAAAUCCUUGAGUGAAACCUCCGAAGCGGCCUUGUUUGCUGAUUACAUCUUGAGAGAAAAGAGAUCUUGGGCCGAUGUGCUAUAUGACUUUGCAUCUCUACAAGCACCUGGUUCCAAGUUGACGCUGGAGGCCUUGCUGCAGCUUCUUCCACCAAUUCGACCCCGUGACUUUAGCAUUGCCAGCGCUCCGUCACAAGCAUUGCUGGACGCUUCAACGCCAAAGGAUGAUGAUUCCUUCACUCUGGAACUGUGUGUCGCUGUGGUCCAAGGAACGACGCGUUUGGGACGUAGCUAUCAUGGACUAUGUUCUGAAUUUCUCUCGAGAAUGGUGCCUACCAAAGAGUUCUCACCGCUGUUACAGGUAUGGCUCCGUCCUGGAUCCUUUUCACGACUACCCCGCGAGAUUGCGGAAUCGAAUUUCUCCAUUCCAGUCUUGUGUGUUGGCGCUGGAACGGGUGUGGCUCCCAUGCGUGGAUUGCUAUUGGAGCGAGACGCCCUUCGAUCAAUUGCUGCCUCCAAGAAUGGAACGCCCUUGACACCGGAUGAAAAUGACAACAUAUUAGUCUUUGGCUGCCGAAAACAGCAAUCUGACUACUAUUACAAAGACGAGUGGCGAGCAAUGGAACAAGAGAAUCGGGUACGGGUUUUGACUGCUUUUAGUCGAGACCAAGUGCGCAAAAUCUAUGUGCAAAAGGUGGUGAAAGACGCGGAUGGCGGAAAACUGAUUGUCAAGCACCUUUUGGAGAAGAAUGGAGCCCUGUACAUUGCUGGUGGACCACGAAUGGCACGGGCAGUAAAGGAAGAAGUGGUGGAGGUCCUUGGUGAUGCAUUGACAGGGGGGCAAAAGCAGGCCACUCAGCUAUUGAAUAAACUUCAACGGCUUGGUAGGUUUAGUAUAGAAGCGUGGAGCUAG